AUUAAUGUGACUGUGUCAGGUGGAUUGACAGCCGUCUCACGGACCCCUUUGUCAGGGGGUGCAGAGAGUGGGAGGCAUGGAGGAGAAGAAGAAUGAGACGACGAAUCAAGCUCAUGUCCUCUUUGACCGGUUUGUGCAGGCCACCACCUGCAAGGGAACCCUCAAGGCCUUCCAAGAGCUCUGUGACCACCUGGAACUGAAGCCUAAGGACUACCGCUCCUUUUAUCACAAGCUCAAGUCCAAGCUUAACUACUGGAAAGCCAAAGCCCUCUGGGCAAAGUUGGACAAACGGGGCAGCCACAAAGACUACAAAAAGGGGAAAGCAUGCACUAACACCAAGUGUCUCAUCAUUGGAGCUGGCCCCUGUGGUCUCCGCACAGCCAUUGACUUAUCCUUAUUGGGAGCUAAGGUGGUCGUUAUUGAGAAACGAGAUGCCUUCUCCCGCAACAAUGUCUUGCAUCUCUGGCCAUUCACCAUACAUGAUCUGCGAGGUCUGGGUGCCAAGAAGUUCUAUGGCAAGUUCUGUGCUGGAGCCAUCGACCAUAUCAGUAUCCGUCAGCUUCAACUAAUACUUUUGAAAGUAGCCUUGAUCCUAGGCAUUGAAAUCCAUGUCAAUGUGGAAUUCCAAGGACUUGUACAGCCUCCUGAGGACCAAGAAAAUGAACGGAUAGGUUGGCGGGCACUGGUGCACCCCAAAACUCAUCCUGUAUCAGAAUACGAAUUUGAAGUGAUCAUCGGAGGGGAUGGCCGUAGGAACACCUUGGAAGGAUUUCGUCGGAAAGAAUUUCGUGGCAAACUGGCCAUUGCCAUUACAGCAAAUUUUAUUAACAGAAAUACAACAGCAGAAGCCAAAGUGGAAGAGAUCAGUGGUGUGGCUUUUAUUUUCAACCAAAAAUUUUUCCAGGAACUGAGGGAAGCCACAGGUAUCGAUUUGGAGAACAUCGUCUACUACAAAGAUGACACGCACUAUUUUGUUAUGACAGCCAAAAAGCAGAGUUUACUGGACAAAGGGGUGAUACUGCAUGACUACGCCGACACAGAGCUCUUGCUUUCCCGGGAGAAUGUCGACCAAGAGGCUCUGCUGAGCUAUGCCAGGGAGGCAGCGGACUUCUCCACCCAGCAGCAGCUGCCGUCUCUGGAUUUUGCCAUCAAUCACUAUGGGCAGCCUGACGUGGCCAUGUUUGACUUCACUUGUAUGUACGCCUCCGAGAACGCUGCCUUGGUGCGCGAGCAGAAUGGACACCAAUUAUUAGUGGCUCUGGUUGGGGACAGCCUCCUAGAGCCUUUUUGGCCAAUGGGAACAGGAAUAGCUCGGGGCUUUCUAGCUGCUAUGGACUCUGCCUGGAUGGUACGAAGUUGGUCUCUAGGAACAAGCCCCUUGGAAGUCCUAGCAGAGAGGGAAAGCGUUUAUAGGCUGCUGCCCCAGACCACCCCUGAGAAUGUGAGUAAAAACUUCAGCCAAUACAGCAUAGACCCUGUCACCAGAUAUCCCAAUAUUAAUGUCAACUUUCUCCGGCCAAGCCAGGUACGCCAUUUGUAUGAUACCGGAGAAACAAAAGUUAUUCAUCUGGAAAUGGAGAACCUGGUGAAUUCCCGAACUACCCCGAAGUUGACUCGCAAUGAGUCCGUAGCUCGUUCAAGCAAACUGCUGGGUUGGUGCCAAAGGCAGACAGAUGGCUACCCAGGGGUAAAUGUGACAGAUCUCACCAUGUCUUGGAAAAGUGGCCUGGCCCUGUGUGCGAUUAUCCAUAGAUACCGCCCCGAUCUGAUAGAUUUUGAUUCUUUGGAUGAGCAAAAUGUGGAGAAGAAUAACCAACUGGCCUUUGAUAUUGCUGAGAAGGAACUGGGCAUUUCUCCCAUCAUGACAGGCAAAGAAAUGGCCUCGGUGGGAGAGCCCGACAAGCUGUCCAUGGUGAUGUACCUGACUCAGUUCUAUGAGAUGUUCAAGGACUCGCUCCCCUCCAGUGACGCCUUGGCCCUGAAUGCUGAGGAGAAAGCAGUCCUGAUAGCCAGCACCAAGUCCCCCAUCUCCUUCCUAAGCAAACUUGGGCAGACCAUCUCUCGGAAGCGUUCUCCCAAGGAUAAAAAGGAAAAGGACUUGGAUGGUGCUGGAAAGAGAAGAAAGACCAGUCAAUCGGAAGAGGAGGAAGCACCCGGGGGUCACCGAGGAGGAAGGCCCACCCUGGUGAGCACUCUGACAGACAGGAGGAUGGACGUGGCCCUUGGCAACCAGAACAAAGUGAAGUACAUGGCAACCCAGCUGCUGGCCAAAUUUGAAGAGAAUGCACCCCCACAGUCCACUGGCAUGAGGAGACAGCCGACACAAGAGCGUGGGGUCAGCCAGCCGUCCUGCUGCCUACCUGAGCAGGGUCGCUCUGCUCCCACCCCCCAGUGGAAACAGCGACGGGAAAAGGAGCAUUCUCGGACGUGCCCCAAAAAAGUGAUCGCACUUUCUCCUCCCCCUACUCCACUUCCCUAUCAGGCGCGUGGCGGCCAGCAGACGUACAGGGAUCUUGAUGCUGACAGCGGUGGCAAGCAGAGUCCCCACCAUGAGAGGCCAGAGCCUGAACCUUCUCGUCGAUUUUUUGUCGACCAGUGGGAGCUUUCUCUUAGUCUCCGCUCCUCCAACCGCCCUGCCUCUCCCUCCUCUGACUCCCUCCGACAGAAGUAUAUAAAGAUGUACACGGGCGGAGUGAGCUCAUUGGCUGAGCAGAUAGCCAAUCAGCUUCAAAGGAAAGAACAGCCCAAAACCCUUCUAGACAAGAAGGACCUGGGCUCUAUAAAGAAGGAGUUCCCACAGAACUUGGGAGGCAGCGACACAUGCUAUUUUUGCCAGAAGCGGGUCUACGUGAUGGAGAGGCUGAGCGCCGAAGGCAAGUUCUUCCAUCGGAGCUGCUUCAAGUGUGAGCACUGCGCCGCCACCCUGCGCCUCUCGGCCUACGCCUACGACAUCGAGGAUGGUAAAUUCUACUGCAAGCCGCACUACUGUUACCGACUGUCUGGCUCCGCCCAGAGGAAGAGACCAGCAGUGGCUCCUCUGUCUGGAAAGGAGGCCAGAGGACCCCUGCAGGAUGGCCCCACUGCAGAUGCAAGUGGACGGGCCAGCACCGGUGCCAGCCCUGCUGAGAGAACUCCAGAUUCAAGAGUGAAUGGCCUAGAGGAGCCCAGCAUUGCCAAGAGGCUGAGGGGCACUCCUGAAAGGAUUGAGUUGGAGAACUACCGCCUGUCUGUGAAACAGGCAGAGGAGCUGGAGGAGGUACCUGAGGAGACACAGGCUGAACACAACCUGAGCAGUGUGCUGGACAAGGGCGCAGAGGAGGACGUGGCCAGCAGCAGUUCUGAGUCUGAGAUGGAGGAGGAGGAGGAGGAGGAGGAGGAGCCUCCGCUGCCCACCUCGGACCUGGGCGGCGUUCCUUGGAAGGAGGCUGUGAGGAUCCAUGCUCUUCUGAAAGGGAAGAGUGAAGAGGAACUAGAGGCCUUGAAGAGCUAUGAGCCUGGGAAUGAAGAGGAGGAGGAGGAGUCUGAAGAGGAGGAGGAGGAGGAGGAAGAAUAUGAUGAUGAGGAGGAAGAGUCUAGUGAAGAAGGGGAGUAUUGCCCCUUGGACAGAGAACUCCUGCAAGGCCAGUGGCUCCGGCAUCUGUCAGAAGAAGAUGAUACGGGUACAUGUAAAGCUGGGAGCCGCAGGCUACAGCAGAUCAUGAAUCCAGCCGAUCCCUUGGAGAUCCAGGCUGACGUGCACUGGACACACAUUCGUGAGAAAGGGGAGGAGGAGCAAGUGGCACCGACCUCGGAAUCCUCUGCCUCUAGAGUGCCUGACCUUCCCUCCAUACGCCGCGCAGCAGUGCAGGCCUGGCUGGAGACGGUCUCUGGAGUCCCAUUUGAUGAGAAUGACCUGGAGGAAGAUGUGGACUUGGAGCCGGCAGAGAUAGAAGGGGAGGCAGCGGAGAAUGGGGACACGGGGGACACUGGUGCUGAGCUGGAUGAUGAUCAGCACUGGUCUGAUGACGUCCCAUCAGACGCCGAAACGGAGCUGCGUCUGCAGCACCGGGCAGCGGUGGUUGCCGAGCUGGAGCUGAGGGUGUCAGAAAAUGAGGAGCCACCACCGGCCUCACCAAGGUGCCAAGAGAGAGGUCCCUCCCAAGUCUCCAGCCCCACUCGGUCCCCUGAGGAACAGCCUGUUCUCUCCUCCCCAGUGCACAACCCCAAGGCAGAGGGGGCCCAAAGCCCACUUGCCUCUGUGGCUGCCACAGGGAGAUCACCCCAGGAGCUCCUUUUCCCUGAGCCUUUACUUCCCAGAGCAGAGCCCAGAGCAGAAGCGCCCGCUGAUCAGAAAGCGGUGCCCUCUCCCAUCCGAUCGCAGCCGGUGGCUCUGCCGGAAGCCAGGACGCCUGCCUCCCCAGUUAGUUCGCAGUGCCUGUCGCUGUUGGCCGCCUCCACCCCCCCAACCCAGCUCCCCAUUUGCUCCCAGCCUCAGCCUUCCUCUGAGGCCACCAUCCCAUCCCCCACCAAGUCCCCCAUAUGCUUCCAGCCUGUUCCAGCCAAAACAUCCACCCCCCUGACCCCCCUCCCCGUGAAGAAUCAAGGGGAUGCCAAGGACAGGCUGGGUAGCCUUCUUGCUGUGGACGAGGCCCUGAAACGGAAUGACCUGGUGGCAGAGUUCUGGAUAAAGAGCGCCGAAAUCCGCCGCAGCCUUGGGCUCACGCCCGUGGAUCGGAGCAAAGGGCCCGAGCCCAGCUACCCUUCACCUGCCUUUAAGCCAGUGUCCCUAAAAUCCUAUUCAGUUGAGAAGUCCCCUGAGGGUGAGGGGCUCCAUCUUCUGAAACCUCCACCUGUUCCUAAGAGGCUGGGCCUGCCAAAGUCAGAUGGUGACCAGCCCUCCCUGCCAACCCCCAAGUCCCCAUCUGACAGAGAGCUGAAGAGCUCCCACGAGGAACGGAGAGACCUGUCCAGCAGCUCCGGGCUGGGCCUUCAAGGAAGCUCCUCCAACAUGAAGACUCUGGGCAGCCAGAGCUUCAACACCUCAGACUCUACCAUGCUCACUCCACCUUCCAGCCCACCCCCGCCCCCGCCCCCGGACGAGGAGCCCGCAACUCUUCAAAGGAAGCUGCAUCAGAUGUAUGAGCGUAAGGAAGCCGAGCCCAAGGCCUUGGUGAUGCCACCCCCCCCACCUGCUACCUUUAUGCGUCCCCCCCGAGAGCCUGCCCGGCCCCCCCGGGAGGAGUUGAGGAAGUCAUUUGUGGAGAGUGUGGAGGAGAUCCCCUUUGCCGAUGACGUGGAGGACACGUAUGAUGACAAGACUGAAGACUCGAGUCUGCAGGAGAAGUUCUUUACACCCCCCUCCUGCUGGUCUUACUCUGAGAAGCCCCUCCACCCACCCCUAGCCAAAGAGAAUGGCAGGUUGCCUACUCAGGGGAAUGGGGUCCAACCACAGAAGAGGGGGCUGCCCUUGGUCUCUCCAGAAGCCAAGGAGCUGGCUGAGGAGCGCAUGCGAGCCAGGGAGAAGUCUGUCAAGAGCCAGGCAUUGAGAGAUGCCAUGGCCAAGCAGCUGAGUAGGAUGAAGGAGAUGGAGAUGGCGGCUGGGACCUCCAGGCCCCCAGGAGGCACUGCCCGCAAAGCCUCCACAGCGCUCUCCAAGGGCAGAGAAGUCGGCCCUCAGUCUCCUAAGCGCCCGGUGCUCAGAGGCCCCGAGGAGCCCACCCUGAAGCACGAAGCCACUAGCAAGGAGGUUCUCUCCCCUCCUUUGGACUCAGGGGGCCCAGAUGGCUCAGUCACGUCAUCUGAGGGCUCCAGUGGGAAGAGCAAGAAGAGAUCGUCACUCUUCUCCCCCCGCAGAAACAAGAAAGAGAAGAAGUCCCAAGGGGAGGGCCGGCCCCCAGAGAGGCCCAGCCCAAGCCUCCUGGAAGAAGCAGCUGCCAAGCCCAAGUCCUUGUGGAAGUCGGUCUUCUCUGGGUACAAGAAGGGCAAGAAGAAGAAGGGCGAGGACAGGUCCUGCUCCAGCACUCCUUCCAGCAGGACCACUGUGGACUCGGGCAAGCACAGGAUGUCUCCUGUCAUGAGGGCAGGGCUGCAGCUCGGGCGCCAGCUGAGUUUCUCGGAGGACUCUGACCUCUCCAGUGACGACAUCCUGGAGAGGUCCUCCCAGAAGUCCAGGCGAGAGUCGAUUUCUGUGCCACACGCCUUGGCAUUCAGGAGAUCACAUGCAUCAAAGCCAAGAACCUACACAGAGGAGGAACUGAAUGCCAAGCUGACCCGGCGUGUGCAGAAGGCGGCUCGAAGACAGGCCAAGCAAGAGGAGCUGAAGCGGCUGCACCGAGCCCAGAUCAUCCAGCGGCAGCUGGAACAAGUGGAGGAGAAGCAGAGGCAGCUGGAGGAAAGAGGGGUCGCUGUGGAGAAGGCACUCCGUGGUGAGGCAGGAAUGGGCAAGAAGGAUGACCCCAAGCUCAUGCAGGAGUGGUUCAAGCUGGUGCAAGAGAAAAAUGCCAUGGUGCGCUACGAGUCGGAGCUGAUGAUUUUUGCCCGGGAGCUGGAACUGGAAGACCGGCAGAGCCGCCUGCAGCAGGAGCUCCGGGAGCGGAUGGCAGUGGAAGAUCACCUGAAGACCGAGGAGGAGUUGUCAGAGGAGAAGAAGAUCCUGAAUGAGAUGCUGGAUGUGGUGGAGCAGAGAGAUGCCCUCGUGGCCCUGCUAGAGGAGCAGCGGCUCCGGGAAAAAGAGGAGGACAAGGACCUGGAGGCCGUCAUGCUGUCAAAGGGCUUCAGCCUGAACUGGUCCUGAGUUCCUACCCACACUCUGGCCGGCUGGUCUGCGGCAUCUGCCUGACCUGGGCUGGGUUCUCCUAAAGCACCCAGAUCCGAGAGCUGAGAAGGCUGGCACCUCCAGGAGUUUGCACCCAAAUGUCCAUGUGCCUCUUGAAAAGCGAGUCAAGCGUCUGUGCUGUUGGGGACCCCAGGUGAGGAUGAUUACCUGAGGGGGCUCAGCCUCCUUGGAAGAGGCCCACCCUGACUUCCUGCUCCAGAGAGACAGAACCUGGAGCGUUUGAUGUAUGAUGUGGGAAAAGGAAACACCUGCACGCUCCCUGAGGACGCGCGGAGGCUGGUGCCCCUUCUUCCACAGGCACGUUUGAUAAGAGAAGGAGGCGGCUCCCUCUGUCAGAACCACAGCCAAGAGUGCAUCUCCAUGAAGCGGAUAGGCAGCUGUCUUCCUCAUGCUCCCUGAAGCACCACCAAAGAUACGAAGACACCCCAGGAAAGCAAGAUGUGAACCAAGACUGGGAGGAGGAAUAGCCAGUCAGGGCGAUACCCACCCCAACAUCACAGGGGAAGCCGAGGGUGGGCCGGCUCCAAAAUUCAUUAUGCAAGUAAGGAGGACCCCGGAGGGGUCUGCUCCCAGCCCCCAAACCACACACUGGACCCCAAGUGGCCAAAUGCCCAGGCCUCUCAGGCUGUGGCCUGAGGCCUGUGGAUUGCUGCAUUUUGCUUUAGUUCACAACCAUUUGACACUGGAAAAUGCUGACUUGGGGAACAGGAGUGAGGCCUGCAUUUCAAGCCCCCAGUUGACAGGCAUUGUCACUGUUCUGCGCUUCACUUUGGGGCAGGAGAUGAUCUUUUCCUUGCGUUUUUCCUGUGUUUGCACUUGAAAUGAAGCUGACAACCCGGCAAGAUGCUCAGCCGCUUCAGACUCUUUUUGUCAAUUAACUUAUUUUUUUAAUACUUGAAAAGCAACUUCAUUUUUAUAUCUUUACUAGAGACACUGAUCACCUGGCACCUGGUGCAGGAAUGACGGAGGUGUCCCUGCUGCGCCCCACACAGUCCCACCCCACACUGGCUGAGCUUGUCACAUUUGUCUGUUUAUUAGCCUUCUUCACAGAGUCACUGGCUGUUGGGCACCAGGGAGCAGCUGCAGCCCUCCUGCGGGUCCUUGCUCACAGCUCUUUGUCUCCUCCUGUACUCUGCAUCCGACCCCUCUUCCUUCACCUGGCACCCUGCUUGCGCUCUGGCGCCGACCCUUAUGUCUGCACCAUCCACUUGUCAGGGAUACAUUUCAGCACUGUUUGAGGCCAGGCCAAAAGGCACAGAUGCCGCUCGUCUCUCCCUGUUGGGAUCUUGGCUCUGUAUAACCCAUUUUUCUCUCAGUUUUGGUGCCAGAGUGUAACCUCCCACAACACAUUUACUAAAGAAAGUUUGGGGGUAAGCCCUCUUCCAGGCCAGCUGAGACCGUGUAGGUGGGACCUUGUAAACUGUCUGGCUGAUGAGAAUUCCCUCAGCCCAGCCUCAGCUCCAGCCGGAGAGAAGUGCAUGUGUGGCAGCAUGUAUUGGGUUUAGGUUGGUCUCUCACAAACAGAUAGCAGCUCCAGCCUGAGCCUCCCCUGUACCCACGUCUGCAUGGGAAGGUAAGGGAUGAUAAGCACCUGGUAACUGGCUCCUUGAGCCUAACUCUGCUUAUUUCUCAUGGUUCAGCCAGAGACUGGCUGUGUACAGCUCAUAGAACCACUGUCGGAGAAAAUCCGGUUGGGCAGUGCUUGUCCAUCCACAGAAUUAGCACACAGCCCAGGAAGGAUUGCCAGCAGUGCCAGGCCAAUCUGGAAAGGUUCGCCAGCCAGUGCCUGACGGAAAGGGGCCAGUGUAGAGAGAACAGCAGCCUGGCAGUUCUUCAGGGCGGCCUGAGGGCAGGACAGAUGAGGCACCGUGCUGACCUUGGGGCUUCCAUGGGGAACCACGCCGUGCCUCAGCUUGAACAUUCAUUCUCACCACAGAGGGUCAAAGAACCUGUCUUAUUCUUCACUUUGUCCAAAAGCUGCCAUCACUCUCCUGUGGAAAUCCAGAUGUGCUGCUAGCAACCGUCACAGCUCCAACUUCACUACAUGUUUUCUGAUGAGGCAGUCUCCAUUUUUAUUCUUUUCUUAUAAAGGGGGAGAGGAGGGUGUUCUAGAUUCCAUCUUUAAACCCCAACCUUCCAAUAAAAUUGGACUUGGGACAGGACCUUCAUCGCCCUUGUGGCCCUGUCCCUAAGCCUCUCCACCUCUCGAAUACCACCAUGGCUGGCCAAGCCCCAGGAGAGCUGCCUCCAUCCCUUAUAGCUCCUGCUAACCCUGGAACAAGGAGGAGUGUGCAGGGGCUGGUAAGGGUGCAGCGUAUGCUCUGAGUGGCCUCGGGUGGCAGGAGCGCCAGAUGUUACUGUCUGCCCCUUGCUGCCAGCCAGCACUGGUCAGGCUUUAACACUCCUGCAUCCUUCCGAAGCACACACUGCUGCUGCAGCUACUAGAAAGCAGCUGAAGAUGUUUCAGAGAAGCUUCAAAAAUCCACAAGCCUGCAAAAUAUUCCCCAGCUCUCCACUUCUAACAGUGUUACAGCUUCGGGUUCUAGCAGAGCACUUUUUUUUUAAAGCUCCCAUUUUGUAACCACUAGUUUGCAUUUUAUUUUAAUACCCGGGUGACAUGCUGCAUGAAAUGUUUUCCAGCUCUGGAAAUGCAUGCAGCUCAAGGCAGAUCUUCUUCCUGAGAGUGAAACCCCCUUGAAGGCAGGGGAGCAAGAAAUGUAUCUGUCUUUCUCUGAAGCGCCAGAGUCUUAAGUGAGCCAGACACGCGGCCAGGACAGUGGGCCGCCAGGUUCUGCAACACUGGAGGAAGGCAGAGGCACCCCUGGCCUGAGUUUGAGGGUCACCAGCAACUCCGUGUGUGUUCUGACCCUGCUCCGAGGACAUCUCUGGGCCUCUGCCCCCCAGAGCCAUCCUCCAGCUGCUUUCAACCAGCAAUGAUAGACUGUUCUUUAUCCUCUCAAAAGAGAAGAAAUUUUUCAGUGGGGCAAAAAGUGGAGUGAGUUUAAAGAAAAAAAUUUUAAAGGUGGUAACAACUGAGCUACAAAGGGAAAUGGGCCAUUUUAUGCGCAAUAAAAGUUUUUAAAAGAAA